AGAUAUCUUGCUAUCUUCGACGAAGUUGCAAGAUUUUUUUUUUCGGGCCACGAUCUACAUUUCCACAUCGAAUCAGUAACCGAUAUCUCCAUCUACAUAAACAUACAAUUAAAUAUAAUUUUCCCCAACGAAAAAACCGCGCUAAUUGCGUAACCGACUGAUAGAGUGCAUCAGAAAAAAAAGGUACUAAUCAAUCCCCGAUUUUCAGUCCGACGCAACUCGUUUCGAAGUACGAUGACUUCUUCGGAUGCAAACGAGUUGCCCUACGACGACAACGAAAACUUGGACUUCAACGGAUACAAGCGAAACGGUUGCAAAACGGCAAUAACCUACUUCCUUUACGCAAUCACUUUGGGAUUUCUAAGAUUGUUCUUCCACUGGUUCCCCACCUGGCAUCUGUACGCCACUCAUUCCAAGUGCAGCUUGCGCGACGCCGAUAAGGUGUUAAUCACCGACCUCUACCAUUCCCUGUGCAAGAUUUACUUCGUUGAAGAGGUCGAGUUCGUGACUUCGCCGGAUAGAGGUCGCCCGUUGGUUGCCUACUUAGAGGAUGGAUCCGUGCACAAGAAUCACCAGCUGCGGGUGGUACGGUGUAAGAAGCUGUGCUACGUUUGGAGUGGGACAGAGUCGAAAUUCCUGAGGCUGGUAGGUUUGGAUGUUGGGCAAAAGUGCGCGGAUUAUUACAGCUUUGCCGGUUACUCAGAGGACGAGAGGAACCUCAGAUUGGCAACGUACGGAGAAAACGAUAUUAACGUCCCAUUGGAUACAAUUUUGAGCCUCUUCUUUCUGGAGGCGCUCACUCCGUUUUACUUCUUCCAGGUGUUUAGUUUAAUUGUCUGGUUCCUGGAUGAGUACUACUAUUACGCCGUGGCUAUCAUCAUAAUGUCCGUGGUUGGAAUUGCGACCUCCGUUUUGCAAACGAGAAAGAAUCAACAAAGCCUGAAAAAUACGAUCGCCUCCUGCGAAACGGUCUCAGUUCGCGCCAAUGACGGAGCUUACCAUCAGAUACUUUCGCAUCGGCUGGUUCCGGGUGACGUUAUUGAGAUACCAUCGGGCGGAUGCGUUAUGCAAUGUGACGCCGUUUUGGUAAACGGAAAUUGCACAGUGAAUGAAAGCAUGCUUACAGGGGAAUCGAUACCGGUCACCAAGACUCCAAUUCCCAAAACGGGGGCGCUGUACAAAAUCCAGGAGGACGCAUUUCACACACUGUUUUCCGGCACGAAAGUGAUACAAACGCGGGUACCUCCGGACCAGAAGGUGCUCGCCGUCGUGAUACGCACCGGCUUCCUGACGAGCAAAGGGGAACUGGUGCGCGCCAUACUCUUCCCGACACCAAGCGACUUUAAGUUCGACCAGGACAGCUACAAGGUUCUCAUAGUGUUGGCCAUUGUCGCGUUUAUAGGGGCCAUCUACACGGUCGUGUCAAAGAGUACUAGAUCAAUUGAGGUCGGUUACAUAUUCCUUAAGGCACUCGAUUUGAUUACAGUCGUGAUACCGCCCGCCCUACCUGCCACUAUUACCAUCGGGAAACUGUACGCGCUUCACCGCCUGAAGAAGAAGGAGAUCUUUUGCAUUAACUCCAAGGUGAUUAAUGUAUCGGGAAGCGUCGACUGCAUGUGCUUCGAUAAGACAGGAACGUUAACCGAGGACGGUUUGGAUAUGUGGGGCGUGGUGGGUUGCGACGACCAGAAGUUGACCAAACCGCUUAGAGACGUAGACGCUUUGGCAAAGAGCUCCAAGUUGCUCCACGGAAUGGCGACGUGCCACUCACUGACGAUCAUUGAGGACCGAAUCAUGGGUGAUCCCUUGGAUGAAAAGAUGUUCGAGUCAACCGGUUGGUGCUUGGAGGAAAACAGCACAACCCACACCGCCAUGGUUAAGCACAACGGAAACGAAUUCGAAAUCCUGCACAGAUUUCCGUUCUCCUCCCGCUUGCAGCGCAUGAGCGUAAUAUGCGCGAGUAGAAACUCCGACGCGCUUCAAGUCUUCUGCAAGGGCUCGCCGGAGAUGAUCUCGUCACUGUCCGUGGCCGGCUCCGUUCCGUGCGAUCUUCGCGAGCAGCUUAAGACGUACACGAGGCACGGGUACCGAGUGAUCGCGAUGGGUUCACGAACGAUUUCGAAAGAUCGGGAUAUCGCCACCACCGAAAGGACCACCGUGGAAUGUGACUUGUCGUUUGACGGCCUGAUCAUUUUCGAAAAUCGAAUCAAACCGGUAACGGCGGGCGUUAUCAAGAUGCUUAAAGAUGCCCAUAUCAAGACCGUUAUGAUAACAGGUGACAACAUGGAGACGGCUCUUAGUGUGGCAGUGGAGAGUGGAAUAGUCGAGCGGGACGAAAACGUGGUUGUUGUAGAUGUGGAUCAGAGCGUUGAUGGCGAGUUGCGUUUGCUGUAUUCGGUCGAGGAGUCGUCUAAGUUAGACUCGUGCUUUAGUAACGAUGUUAUUCUGCCGAUGUCCGCGCCUAAUGUGCGUUACGCGAUGUCCGGUGCCAGUUGGAAGCGAGUUCAAAUGUAUUUUCCUCAGUGCGUCGAUGAACUUGUUCGGGAAGGGGUUGUGUUCGCCAGGAUGUCCGGCCUGCAAAAGCAGCAAGUAAUUCAGGAACUUAAAAAACAAGGAUACUACACAGGUAUGUGCGGAGACGGAGCGAACGACUGUGGAGCACUGAAAACCUCUCACGUUGGAAUAUCGCUAUCGAAAGAGGAGGCGAGCGUGGCAUCUCCGUUUACAGCCAAGCAAAACGACAUAUCCUGCGUAGAGGAAGUGAUCAGAGAGGGAAGAGCCGCCCUCGCGACCAGUAUGGGCAUCUUCAAAUUCAUGAUAUGCUACAGCAUAACGCAAUUCACCUCCGCAAUUAUACUUUACGGAAUCGACGACAACCUGACCUCCCUGCAAUUCUUAUUCGUUGACAUAGUGAUCGUGCUCAACCUGAUCUCCACGUUCGGCCGAACGAAACCGUCGAAAGGCGCCUUGAGUAAGGAACGCCUGGAGGGCGCCUUACUUAGUCUCACCUCCGUAAGCUCCAUCAUUUCGCAAAUCCUAUUUGUAAUAAUCUUCCAAGCGAGCGCCUACAAUCUAAUUCAUACCUACUCCUGGUUCACGCCCUUCCACUUCGACCAAAACAAUGUGCUCGCGUUGAGUAGCUACGAAAACUACGCCGUCUACGUAAUGUCACUCUUCCAGUACAUCAUCAUGAUAAUUGCGUUCUCGAAGGGCGAGCCGUACAGAAGAGCGAUCUACACGAACAAGAUAUUAUUCUGCGACGUUAUACUGAUGACAACAAUUUGCUUAUAUAUUCUCUUCUACCCCGCUAACUGGGUAAAGACAGUUUUGGACUUGAAGGUGCCCCCCGGCUACAACUUCAACCUUGUCGUCUUAGCCUUCGCCAUCGCAAACUUUAUCUGCGCGUUUAUAGCAGAAGAUUUGAUCGUGGGGUACGUUCUGGCAAAGAAGGUAUACCCGAAACUGUACCAGCUAUUCAGAAGAAGGGCCAAGUGUUCAAACAAAGCAGCUAGCAAUGAUUACAAAGUUGAGAAGAGCAAUGGGUUUAUAAAUAGGGCGUAUAACACCUUCGACGGCGAAACAUAGUCGUUCGAACUCACCUCGUGAUUGAUGAACUUCUAUUAUAUUAGCCAGUUUGCACACAGGGUUAUUUAUUUUUUGAUGUAAAUAGAUAGCAAAUAGAAUUUUGUACAUAGCGUAGCUACCCUUUGAAAUAAAUUUUUUAUCUACCGUC